CUCAUCGCUCCAAGCUUUCUCCUCCUCCGUCCAUGGCGUCCAUUCUUCGCUCCUUCCCUCUUCUUGCUCCUCGUCUGCUUCGAUUCGCCCGUCUUUCUCCCAAGCUCGCAGGCCGUGGCGUCUUCUCCACUAUCCCUCUCGCCUCCUUCUCCUCAUCCUCCUUUCCGUCAUCCGCAUCUCCCGCUGCUUCUCUAUCUCAAUCUCCGAUUGAAACCUCAGCUCCAGAUUCACGCUCCGGUGCCCUACUUUCGUUGCAGUGGGUUGCGAGAACGGCGUUCUGUGGUGAUUUGGGUCCUGAGGAUGUGGGGAAGCGCGUUCAGCUCUGCGGAUGGGUUGCGCUUCAUAGAGUUCAUGGUGGUCUUACCUUUCUUAACCUCAGGGAUCGCUCUGGGAUCGUUCAGAUCACAACGCUUCCAGAUGAGUUUCCAGAGGCGUAUGCAGUUGCGAAUAAGGUGAGGGUUGAGUAUGUGAUUGCAGUUGAGGGGAUUGUUCGCUCCCGGCCGGGCGAAUCCGUGAACAGGAAGAUGAAAACUGGAGAUAUAGAGAUUGCUGCAGAACAUGUUUUGGUGUUAAAUUCUGUAAAUCGUGCAUUGCCUUUUCCAGUUACCACUGCUGAUGAUGUAAAAGAUGUUAUUACUGAGGAGAUUCGAUUGAGAUAUCGAUUCCUUGAUUUACGUCGGCUACAAAUGCAGUCCAAUCUAAGAUUGCGGCAUAAGGUGGUUAAGCUUAUGCGACGUUAUCUGGAGGAUGUGCAUGACUUUGUUGAGAUUGAGACUCCAAUUUUAUCUAGGUCCACACCUGAGGGUGCCCGGGAUUAUCUUGUGCCAUCACGUGUUCAGCCAGGAACCUUUUAUGCUUUGCCUCAAAGUCCCCAGCUGUUUAAGCAAAUGCUGAUGGUCUCUGGCUUUGAAAAAUACUAUCAGAUUGCAAGGUGUUUUCGUGAUGAAGACCUAAGAGCAGAUAGGCAACCUGAAUUCACACAGUUGGAUAUGGAAUUGGCUUUCACACCUCUGGAAGAAAUGCUGAGGCUUAAUGAGAACUUAGUGAGACAUAUCUUUCAAGAGAUAGUUGGUAUUCAUUUGCCAAAUCCUUUUCCAAGACUCACAUAUGCAGAAUCAAUGCUUAAAUAUGGGUCUGAUCGGCCAGAUCUUCGUUUUGAUUUGGAGCUGAAAGAUGUCAGCGAUAUCUUUUCAGAAUGUAGUUUCAAAGUCUUUGCUGAUGCCUUAGAUAUUGGUGGCAUCAUUAAAGCGCUAUGUGUGCCUACUGGUGCAGAAAAGUUUUCCAACACUACUCUUAAGAAGGGUGACAUUUAUAAUGAAGCAAUCAGAGCUGGAGCAAAGGGUUUACCAUUCCUUAAGGUCAUUGAAAAUGGGGAGCUUGAAGGAAUUCCUGCUUUGGUGUCAAGUCUUCAACCAUCAAAUAGAGAAAAAUUGCUGAGAAUCUGCUCUGCAAAAUCAAAUGAUAUUAUCCUAUUUGCAGUGGGCCAGCCUAUGGUUGUUAAUAAAAUUCUUGACAGGCUUAGGGCAUAUGUUGCCCGUGCGUUAGGAUUGGUUAAUCAGUCGGCGCAUUCAAUUCUUUGGAUAACAGACUUCCCCAUGUUUGAGUGGAAUGAUUCAGAACAAAGGCUUGAGGCCCUUCACCAUCCUUUCACUGCUCCACAUCCUGAAGAUAUGGAUGAUCUCCCUUCAGCUCGUGCUUUAGCUUAUGACUUGGUCUACAAUGGAACUGAGAUUGGUGGUGGGAGUUUGAGGAUUCAUAAACGUGAAGUUCAAGAAAAGGUUCUUGCAACUGUUGGUGUCUCUCCUAAGCAGGCUGAAGAAAAAUUUGGAUACCUUCUGGAAUCCUUGGACAUGGGUGCUCCUCCGCAUGGUGGAAUAGCAUAUGGUCUGGACCGGUUGGUGAUGCUUCUGGCUGGUGCAAAUUCCAUCAGGGACGUCAUUGCCUUCCCUAAAACUACUACAGCCCAAUGUGCGCUCACCAAGUCCCCAUCUGCGGUUGACUCUCAGCAACUCAAGGAACUAUCAUUUAACAACUUAGAUCCCUAACUAAGGUUAUUUCCUACUUUAGAUAUUAUAUACUAAAUUAUCAUUUCUAUGCUUUAUAUUGUUUCAGAAAAAUUUUGGUCAUAAUCCUUAUUUAUCUCGAUUGUGUGAUCAUAAUCCCUGGCAUUUUAAGAUUCUGCCUUCUAGGGGAUGUUCUCUACUGAGUUUCAUUGUAAGAUUGCACUAAACAAUCAAAAUGAUACAUGCUCAAAUUGAAUGUAGGCAACUAAAAUAUUGAGAUUUAAAUAGAUUAUUGUUGCAUGCUCA